CAGGGGGGGAAUAAAGAGCAGGCUGUUCCUUAAAAAUAAGCAGGCAAGAGCAGAAUAACACAACAUGCUCCUCCAAAAAACCCACUGCUCAGAUGCAGUGUGGUCUGUCUCGAGUGUUCAGACCUGAAAUCUGGUUAAUGCUGCGGUGUGCACACUGCUGGUUUGCAGUGCUGGGAACCCUCAAACAGAUGGAUUAUACUGCGUAGAGAAAAUGGAGAUGUCUGAAACCAGCCAUAAAAAAUCAGCAUAAAAGGUGAAGCCCACCAUCUGCAGCAUUGAAGCAUGAGUACUGAUGCCAGCCAGGUGGUGAUCACUACUCCCCCCUCAGCCACGAUGCCUCGCAAAGAGCGGUACUUCGAUCGCAUCAACGAGAAUGACCCCGAGUAUAUUCGGGAGAGAAACAUGUCUCCUGACCUGAGACAGGACUUCAAUAUGAUGGAGCAAAGGAAGAGGGUCACUCAGAUCCUGCAGAGCCCUGCCUUUAGAGAAGAUCUGGAAUGCCUUAUUCAAGAACAGAUGAAGAAGGGCAAUAACCCCAGUGGACUGCUUGCGUUACAGCAGAUUGCUGACUACAUUACGGCAAGCUCCUUUUCGGGUUUUUCCUCAUCUUCACUCAGCCAUGGAAUGAUUACACCAAUCAACGACCUACCUGGGAUAGACACCUCCUCAUUUGUUAAAGGAGAGAAACUUACCCGUUGCAAGCUAGCCAGUUUGUACAGAUUGGCUGACUUGUUUGGGUGGGCACAUUUGCCAAAUGCCUACAUCACAGUAAGAGUAAGCAAAGAACAUGACCAUAUUUUAAUCAUUCCAAGAGGUCUGUCCUUCUCAGAAGCUUCAGCUUCUAAUUUGGUUAAAGUAAACAUCCUAGGAGAUGUAGUUGACCAGGGAAGUACAACUCUAAGUAUUGACAAUGCAGGAUUCAGUCCACAUGUGGCCAUCUACUCCACACGCCCUGAUGUCAAAUGUGUAAUACACAUACAUACCCCUGCCACAGCAGCUGUUUCAUCUAUGAAGUGUGGCAUCCUUCCCAUAUCACAAGAGGCUCUGAUUCUGGGAGAUGUUGCUUACUAUGACUACCAGGGGUCUCUUGAUGAACAGGAAGAGAGAAUUCAGCUUCAGAAGGUUCUCGGACCCAGUUGCAAGGUAUUAGUCUUGAGAAACCAUGGUGUGGUAGCACUAGGAGAGACACUAGAAGAAGCAUUCCACUAUAUUUUCAAUGUGCAGCUGGCCUGUGAAACACAGGUUCAUGCAUUAGCUGGAGCAGGUGGGGUAGACAAUCUCCUAGUACUGGACCUGCAGAAGUUCAAGCCUUCCACACAUGGUGUGGCAGCAACUGGAGGAGGUGGAGUUAAUAUGGCUUCACAACACAAGUGGAAAGUUGGGGAGCAAGAAUUUGAAGCGCUCAUGAGGAUGCUGGACAACCUGGGAUACAGGACUGGCUAUGCCUAUAGGCAACCAUUAGUCAGGGAAAAACCCAGACACAAGAGUGAUGUUGAGAUCCCAGCCACUGUAACUGCUUUUUCCUUUGAAGAUGAUACAAUCCCGCUUUCCCCCCUGAAAUUCCUGGCUCAGAGGCAACAGAGGGAAAAGACAAGAUGGCUGAACUCUCCAAACACAUACUUGAAAGUUAAUGUGCCUGAGGAGUCCUGGAACGGGGAAACCAGUCCCAGGACUAAGAUCACGUGGAUGAAAGCUGAUGACUCCUCUAUCAGUGGAGGAACACCAAUCAAAAUUGAGGAUCCAAACCAAUUUGUUCCUCUAAACACAAACCCAAGCGAAGUGCUGGAAAAGAGAAACAAGAUAAGGGAGCAAAACCGAUAUGACCUAAAGACUGCAGGACCACAGUCUCAGCUGCUGGCUGGAAUUGUUGUGGAUAAAAAGCCAAGUCCACCAAUGCAGUUUGAAGAUGAUGAGCAUGCACCACCAGCACCACCAAACCCAUUCAGCCAUCUCACAGAAAAGGAACUGGAAGAGUACAAGAGGACAGUUGAGCGCAAGCAGCAAGGGUUAGAAGAUGCUGAACAGGAAUUGUUCUCAGAUGACGGUUCCUCUGUGUCACAAAUUCAGUCACAAACUCAAUCCCCGCAAAAUGUCCCAUCAAAGUUAGAAGAAAAUCACGAAGAUCUCUACAUCCAGAAUGCCAACUUGAUAUCUGCGGAGAUGCCAGUCGUGGUGGUGAACGGCAAGGAAGACGCCCAUGAGGUGGAAGAAGACCUCACCAAGAGAGUCAGUCAGUUAACCACCAGUACUGUGGAGAGCGUAGAGAUUACAAUUAAAAGCUCUGAAAAGAUAGAAGAGGCCCUGUCCCCUGAAGGGUCACCUUCCAAAUCCCCCUCAAAGAAGAAGAAGAAAUUCCGCACCCCGUCUUUCCUGAAGAAGAGUAAAAAGAAGGAGAAAGUUGAAGCAUGAGUGCAGUGCUGGCGUGAGGAGACGUUGCACAGUUGAAACCUUUCAGUUGACCGUUCACAGCUUAGCGUUUAGGGGUGUGCAGUAACUGGACUUUUAACCUAAAGGAAAAGGAACUGGAAGAGGUUUUGCUUUAGAAAA